CACCGCUCCUUGAUCCGAAACCACCAUCUGGCUAAUUUUCCCACGGGUAAAUUUGCGACGAUGGAGGGUGUAGAAACUAGCGUAGGCGGUACCAUAACAAAAGAUAUACAAACUACACCUACGAAAAGCAAAGAUCGCAUCGCACAGCCCAUGAACGAGACACCUAGAGCAAGACAAGGUCACGUCAAAAAGAAAAUGGCCCUGCCGAACGACAGAGACCGCCCGAGAGCAGUACCCUCUCGAAGCACAUCGCCAACGCACUCGAACUCCUCCACAGGAUCCAAAAGGAAUUGGGAAGGGGACGAUGAUGACUUCUUCGGGACUCCGGUGGGGAACUGGAGUGACCACAUGUCGAGCAUGAACAUUAGGGAAAACGAAGCAAAGCUACAAGAACUGAUGGAGGAUACCAUCACGGCCGUGCAGGAGUACACCAAGAGUGGAGCAACGGCAGGCGAAGGGAGACUCGGAGAACGAGCGCAGGCUCUAGCACACGAGCUAACGGUGAUGAUGUCGGGAGAGAAGACGAUCAGCACCGAUGCGAUGCUCCACCGGGUGUACAACCAGCAGGAAAGAAUGGAGAAGAGGAUGAAACAGUUUGAACGCUGCCAGAUAGAGCUGGACAGAAGGGAGAGGAAGAGCGAGACAAGGAUGCUGAAUGAAGAAGUGCGUACCUUUAAACCCAUUCCGAAUUACGCAGCUGUUGCCGCAACCGCGAGUAUACAUAGAGGAGGAAACACAGAAACACCAGCAAUGCAUUAUGUUACACGUCCCGUGAGACCAGCUAAGGCAACGACACAGAAUAUACCACCUGCAUCGACACUCAAAAACCCCAACAGACCAUACAACCCAUGCCGCAUGGUCGUACGAGCGCCAGAACUACUGAUAGACUAUGAAAGGCCUAAACCCGAAAUGGUCGCCAUCAGGGUCAAUGAAGAACUAGCCAAGCACGACGAGACGAAGGAGUUCGUAGUCGUCCAUGUACGGUUCAAUGUGAAUAAUAGCUGCAUAUUGAACCUACGAAGCGACCAGCGAGUGGCAGAUCUAGAACCACAUGCACAUAUCUUCAAACAGAUUGUGUUCCCAGGACACAGCGAAGUAGAAGCAUACCCAGACGAGAAAUGGUUCUCGGUCCAUAUAUGCGGCGUCAAGACAGGGAUAGUCGAUGGAAGUGGAAUCCGGACAGCUGAAGAAGUCAGACAGGAGCUCAUAGCGAAGAACCCUGACAUACGGGGAAGGACAAUCAGAGCAUUCAGAUGGGUGAGACCAGAGGGAAAACUCAUAGAAGAAGGGAAGUAUGCAUCAUCGGUAGUUGUAUCCUUCGAGAAAGAGGAGGAUGCAAGGUACAUGACGAUGGAGAGGAGAAGCGUAUCGCUUUACUGGGCAUCGUGUAUUGUGAAGGAGUUUACAGACAAACCACCGGCAAUCCAAUGUGAGGGAUGCCAAGGCUUCCACCGGAAAGCAGCAUGCAAAGCAGCAGCAAGGUGCCGACUGUGUGCGGAGGACCACCACGAGAAUGAACACGCAGAGAAAUGCUCACGGUGCAUACAAGCAAGGGGAGAGGCAUUGGAAAGAGGGGAGAUGGCAACGGUCUGUAUGCACAGGCGAUGCGCAAACUGCAAAGACGGGGAACAAGCAAACCAUGCAGCGAAUGACCGGAUGUGUCCAGUCCAGAUCCGUAGGCUGGGAGAUCAUAGAGAUCCAAAACCAACACACCCAGUGGGGAACAUUGGAAAUGCGAAUGGAGGCUGGAGAAAGGUCACUCGCAAACGAAAAGGGAAAAAGCAGACAAAUCCUGCCACAGAGGCUGGGACGGAGUCAGAAGCUGACCCACCCACCUCUGGCAGAAGGUACGCGAAUAAUAUACUCUCUGAAAAAGAAAUCAUCGCUACGCUCCAAGUUGUUUUUCCAGAGAUACAAUCUGAACAACUCCAGCUGUCAUGGAAACAACGUAGCAAUGGAAGCUCACUGGCACAAGUCAUCGAGGACAUACGUGACCCAGAACAACCACGCAGUAGCCAAUGA